AUGGCUGGUCCACCUGUGUCUUCUUUAACCCAAGAUGAUAUACCAACAGCAGACGAGGAAAAUGCUACCAAGAUACUCGACUCCUACUUACAAGAGAAAUCACCUACUUUUAGCGCCUUUCGGGCCAUCCAGAAAAUAGUCUGGCAGUCUCCCGCAGCCGAUAAGCAUUUUUUGAAGCAAAGAGAAGCCGCCGAUUCAGCUACUCCAGCUCUAAAGAAACACUUCUUUGGGAUGAUGCGGGGUAUUGGUGAUCAGCUCCAAGCUGCUAAACAUAUUAUCCCGCCGCCUAGAGAAACAAAAAGCUUCAAGGUUCUUGAUAUCUGUAUGGCACCUGGAGGGUAUUCGGCUACGGUUCUCAAAUACAAUAAAUAUUCGCGCAUAUAUGGCCUUAGCUUGCCAGAGGAGGAGGGUGGACACCAAAUCCUUUUGCAGAAUUGGCGGAAAGAUCCCCGCGUGCAAAUCCUGCAGAUGGAUAUCACCAUGCUAUCUACGGAGCUUGGGUGCCCCAAUCUGUUGCCGCCGGAUAAUCCUGCAGCCUCACAAUUUUUUGACUGCAAACCUUUCGACGGACUAGAAGCUGACUUGAUCUUUUGUGACGGCCAAGUUCUCCGUACCCAUGAACGGGCAGUUGAUUCCAAGUUUGAGGCGUCUCGGUUAACAAGCGCUCAGCUUAUCAUUGCACUGCAAAGGAUCAAGAAGGGUGGAGCUAUAGUAAUACUUUUGCACCGCGUGAAUAGCCCGCAGAAUGUGGUCCUCCUUCACAGCUUUAGCCAAUUUGCUGAGAUCGAUCUAUUCAAACCCACUCCAAGUCAUGCCACCAGAAGUUCGUUCUACCUCGUGGCAAAGAACUUGGACCCAACGAGUUCGGGGGCUUGUAAUAUGCUUGAAGACCUAAAAAGUUCCUGGAAAAGGAAGACCUUGCAAGCUUUUAACGAUGAAUCACCUAAAGUUGAGCAGGCUAUAUCUGGAACCGAGAUGAGGGACAUCUUGGAGUCAUCGUUUGGGGAAAGGGUUAUCAGUCUCGGCGAACCUCUUUGGAAAAUUCAAAAGGAAGCGUUGGAGAGGAAAUUUUUGAGAGAAACCCCGAAACACCGGAACUAG